GCCACAUGAUUUCUACUACAAUAACUACCUUUCAUCUCCCUUUAUACUAAAAGACAGAACCAUUUGAAGCUCUAUUCGUUCACUGGAGCUCGAAUCAACCUGAUUUGAUCAACUCUUCAAGAACUUGAUGAUCUUGGGUGACGUACAAUGAUACGGAUUUUUAAAAUGCGUUUACUCGAUUUUCUCCUUCUUUUGGUGCAGUAUGCAUUCGCUAGGCAAAUCAAUCCAACGAUGCUUAAUCAACUGGGCAUAAAUUACGACAGCUUCAUUAUAUCGAACACAACAGGAUGUUGCGGCUGCAGUUUCGAAGAUACAAAAUACAUGGACUCGGUUUGCGGAGGCCAAUCUGCUUUCAUGAAUUUAGUUCAGAAUUUAAUGAUGUCAAGAUGCGACAUAGCUGAUCCUUGCCGUCGAUUGGGUAGAGACGAUAUACCGAACGAAUGGUACGACUUCAUCGUCGUUGGUGCAGGUGUAGCUGGACCUAUUAUUGCCAGAAGAUUAAGUGACAAUGCUUGGAAUAGAGUUUUACUGAUCGAAGCUGGUCCCGAAGAACCAACCAUGACGGCUAUUCCAGGAUUAGCUUGGAACGCUAUUCAAUCGUCACUAGAUUGGAAAUAUAAAACGGAACCAACGAGACCACAUCCAACAGCCUGCUUAGAUACUGGUGGAAAGUGUAAUGUACCUAGAGGAAGAAUGAUGUCAGGUACCGGUGGUAUGCACGGAAUGAUGUAUUAUCGUGGUCAUCCAGAGAUCUUUAAUAAAUGGGCACGCGAGGGUAACGUUGGAUGGUCUUAUGAUGAAAUCGAACACUAUUUCCAACGUGUAGAGGAUCCAGUCGAUCCAUCGAUGUUGAGUUCACACGCUCGUACUGUACCUAAUGGUCCAGUGAAGAUUCAACAUUAUUCUCAUAGACCACAAUUUGUUAGUGUACUUUUGGAAUCAGCUGCAGAAUUAGGUUACAGAACGUACGGUUUGAAGGAGUAUACCCAAACUGGUUUCAUGGUAGCACCAAUGACAGUGGAGAAAGGAUUAAGAGCAUCAACCCCUAAAGCCUAUUUAAGACCUGUAUACAAUAGAAAUAAUCUAAGAGUUCUGACUAAUGCUCAAGUAUUGAGAGUUUUGAUCAACGAUUACGAUAUGAAGGCAUACGGUGUCGAACUGAUCGACAAACAUGGUCAAAGGAGAAUCAUCAAAUGUAACAAGGAAGUUAUUUUGACGGCUGGUGCCAUGGGAUCGCCGCAGAUACUUUUAAAUUCCGGUAUUGGACCGAGAGAGCAAUUAACUAAAUUUGGUAUUAAAACCUAUAAGGAUCUACCAGUAGGACGGUAUUUUAUCAAUCACGUAUCCAUUGCUGUACCAAUGAGUAUUAGAGAUACUUCGGUAGAGACUAUGACUAUGCAAUCGGUGAACGAAUAUCUUGAAUCUAGAACCGGUGAUCUGGCUAGCACUGGAUUAACUCAGGUCACUGCUUUCCUUGAAAGUAAUUAUACUAUUCCUGGUAUACCUGAUUUGCAAGUAUUCUUCGACGGCUUCAGUUCGUACUGCCCGAAAACAGGAUUGCCAAACGAAUGUACGAAUGGUAUCAAAGGACCUUGCCCGAAUAGAAGAAAGAUCGUUGCUAGACCGACCGUCGUAAUUCCCGAAAGUCGUGGUACUUUAGAAUUGCGUAGUGCCAAUCCUUUAGAUCUGCCUCUAAUGUAUCCUGAUUAUUUUACCCAUGAAAAAGAUAUGAAAGUUUUGAUCGAAGGUGUAAAACAAGUACUUAAGCUCAUAGAUACCCCGACCAUGAAGAAAUGGGAUCUUCAAUUAGAAACAUUGCAUCAUCCUCUUUGUACAGAAUAUCACUUCGGCACGGACGCAUAUUGGGAGUGUUAUAUACGAGCUAAGACUGGACCCGAAAAUCAUCAAGCCGGUACCUGCAAAAUGGGACCAGCAACCGAUGCUGAUGCCGUCGUCGAUCCGCAAUUACGAGUACAUGGUGUACCAAACAUUCGUGUUGCCGAUCCUUCCAUAUUUCCAUAUUUACCCAAUGCUAAUCCGAUCGCUGCUAUAAUGAUGGUAGCUGAAAAGGCAUCCAAUAUGAUUAUCAAUUCGUGGUAAUCACAUAAUUAAUUUACACGUGAUUUUUUCACAAAAUUUCUUAAUAAACGAUUACUUUUUUUUCCCUA